AUGAACAGACUUCAAGCGAGAGUGUGUCCUCUCAUCAAGACAACCACGACGAGUCCGUUCCUUCUUCAAUACAUGUCAAUACAUAUAUUCCGAAUGCAACAUGAAUACUCAUUCUCAUCAAUCAAACCGUCAUUCAUUCCGAAUAUCUCAUACUCUCAACAUUCCAUCUUCAAUCAAAGAAAAAAACAAUCUUUGAAUGUGGUCUUUGUCGGAAAUAGUGGAAGUGGAAUUACAACAUUAUUGGGAUAUUUAACAUUUAUUUGUGGAGGUAUGGAUUGGAAGAGUAUUGAACCAAUGUGGUUUGGCAUGGGAAUUGCACGAGAUACCGAUCAAUCUCCGUAUCGAUAUUUGAUUGACAGUCCUCAAGAUUGUCACACGAAAGAAUUGCAUACCAUUCGAUUGGAGACGAAACAUUUCAUUUUGAAUUGUAUCAGUGUUCCAACUCAAAGAAAGUAUGAAAAACUUUUAUUGCGAGGAAUGUUUCGAGCUGAUGUGGCUGUUAUUGUGGUCAAUAUCAAUGACGCUCAAUUAGUGAGACGUGAGUGGAAAUUUACAGAUCAAAUAAUGGCUUUAAAAAGUUGUGGAGUGGUACAAUCCAUUGUGUGUGUGAACAUGCUCGACAAGAAUCCAUCCGAAGAUUUAUUUACUCACACAGCCUCUGAAAUUUUGCAAAUUAUGAAGAAACAAAACAUGAACAUUGCAGACACCAAAGUGAUUGCAUGUUCAGCAUUGAAUGGUUUUGGAAUUGUCGAAAAUAUUAAUACUGAAUGGAAUUGGUAUAAGGGAGAGACCUUGAUUGAGGCAUUGGAUGCAUUGAAACCUCAUGAAAGACCCGUAUGGCAUCCUCUUCGAAUGGUCGUUGAAAAAGUGAGACAUGUGAAACAAGGACAACGACACGAACAAUUGAUUCUUACAGGUCGAGUAAUUUGUGGAGUGUUACGAGUGGGCAUGAAACUAUGUUUUUCAGACAAGUCCCUCUAUUUCCUCAAUGCUCCUCCACCACGAAUUGUAUCCAUUCAAUGCUUUGGACAAGAGUGUGAAGAGGCAUUUCCAGGUGAUUUUGUUGGAAUUUUGUUAGAGACUCAUGACAGUAAUUCCAACAACACGUUACUACUCUCACAUAUUCGUAGAGGGACGGUCGUGUCCGAUCGCAGUGCUGAACAUCAGGCAUUGCAAGUGAAGAGUUUUCAAGCUCAAGUCAUUGUUGUUCAUUGUCCCAAUCGAAUUCGAGCUGGAUUUACACCCUUACUGCACAAUCAAGAAAGUAGAAUUCCAUGCAAGAUUGAUCGAAUCAUUGCCAAAUUGAAUCGAUAUACGAAUGCAUUGAUUGAAUCGGAUCCGAAAUAUAUUCAACAGUAUGAAUGCUUUUCGGCCGAGUUUAUUCCUCAACAGCCUAUUCACUUGCAAACUUUUACUGAAUGUGCUCCAUUUGGUAGGCUUGUUUUUUGUGAUCAAAAUUGUAUGUGGAUGGCUGGAGUGGUGAGAUCUGUCGAAUAUUUUGAAUAA